AUGAAGCUUUUAGGGAACCUAGCCCUGUUCGUUUGCCUCACGGCAGGUGUCAGUGCCCUCCCAAAACCUUACGAUAAAUCGACUGAUACCGUCCCCACCCACGACUGGAAGCGCGGCGAUGAAUCGAUUGAUACUGUCCCCACCCAUGACUGGAAGCGCGGCGAUGAAUCGACUGAUACUGUCCCUACCCACGACUGGAAGCGCGGCGAUGAAUCAACUGAUACUGUCCCCACCCAUGACUGGAAGCGCGGCGAUGAAUCAACUGAUACUGUCCCCACCCAUGACUGGAAGCGCGGCGAUGAAUCGACUGAUACUGUCCCUACCCACGACUGGAAGCGCGGCGAUGAAUCAACUGAUACUGUCCCUACCCACGACUGGAAGCGCGGCGAUGAAUCGACUGAUACUGUCCCCACCCAUGACUGGAAGCGCGGCGAUGAAUCGACUGAUACUGUCCCCACCCACGAUUGGAAGCGCGGAAACUAA